AAUAAUAUUCCUUUCCACACAAACUAUUUCCCAUUUUCCAACCUCCGUAUAAAUAGAAACCAAUACAACAGCAACAUCGUUUCACUGUCUUCACCCAGCCUAACAAAACCGUUUCCUUGGACUUCCCAGCUGCACACAAAAAUAUUAUCAGAUACAGAAACAUGGUUUUCGAUAGGUAGUGGGUAGGUGUGGUAGCUGUCAAGGGGAUUUCCGUAGCAGAUAUGGAAGAAGGUUUAGGAGACUGCUGUUCCUCCAACUCCACCGCCACCACCAGGAAAACCCAGAAACGGAAGCACCAACAACACCAAGACAAACCAUACAGAGGAAUAAGGAUGAGGAAGUGGGGGAAGUGGGUGGCGGAGAUUAGAGAACCCAACAAGAGGUCCAGGAUCUGGCUGGGUUCUUACGCCACCCCUGUCGCUGCCGCACGCGCCUACGACACCGCUGUCUUCUACCUCAGAGGCCCUUCCGCCCGCCUCAAUUUCCCAGAACUAUUGUUCCAAGACGAUGACGUUUCAACCCAAGAGGGCAACAUGUCCGCUGAUUGUAUACGCAAGAAAGCGACCCAAGUCGGCGCGAGAGUCGACGCGCUCCAAACCGCGCUUCAAUCAUCGUCGUCCCACUCCGCUAAUUCCAGCCACGUCAGCUCUGACAAACCAGACUUGAACGAGUAUCCAAAACCCGAAGAUUAGUUUCCAGCGAUCAUGGGUUGUGACAUGAUAUAGGACUUCAACCUCCCCUUUUCUUCACCUAUGUUUCAAAACCUUUAUAUAGAAUUAUUCUCAUAUCAUAUAUCUGGGUACAUAUUUCAUAUUUUCUUCCACUUUACUUUAAAUUAGAACCUCUAGGAAGAAACACACACACACACACCGGAGACGAGGCUAACUUAUUCAUGAGGUGAGUGAGUAACUCAUACAUGUAUUGCUCACUUCACGAAGAACAAAGUUUAGCUCUUAACCAAUCGAAUGAGAUCGUGUAACAGAUUUUUUCCUUUUUUUUUUCAAUGUGUAUGCUGAAGUCGUAGACUGGAAGCAUAGGAUGUGGUCUUUUCUAGGUCGGUGGUGUGUUGUAAAGAUGUAAUUUGUAACGAGAUAUGUAUCUGUUGGUUGGACUAGUCCCAAUCGAAAUGAAAUUAUUGUUGUUGCAGAUUUUGUUUA